AUGGUGGAAGUGAUUCCCAAGCAAUUAAAAGAUGUUUGGAAUACCUGGAAUAUCAGGGGAAUGAUCGUCCUCAGUCUCUGGCUUCAGACAGUCCUCAUUUUCGUCUCCCCAUCGAGGAAACGGACGCCCAACAAGUUCCUGAUCCUGCUCUCAUGGUCUUCAUAUCUUUUGGCAGAUUAUUCUGCAAACUAUGCGGUUGCAUUGAUUGCCAAUAACCAAGGUAAAGAUCCUAAACCCGAUGAUCCUCCUCAGGACAAGAAGCUUGUCGCCUUGUGGGCACCUUUCUUGCUCUUACACCUUGGUGGACCAGACACCAUCACUGCGUUUUCCCUCGAGGACAAUGCUCUCUGGAACAGACAUUUUCUUUCGUUUGGCUCUCAGGCGCUUGCAGGUGUAUAUGUGGUUGUCCGGUCUCUACCCAAUGUGCUUUGGGUUGUAAUAAUGUUGCUUUUCAUUGCUGGGGCUUUUAAGUAUUUGGAAAGGACAAUUGCGUUGUACCUCGCAAGUUCAGACAUGUACAGGGGGAACUCGAUUAUGCAGACGUUUAAUUCAGUGUUUGACUUCACCGAGGAGCCAAACAACCAAGAUAUUGAAUCAAUAAUUGCCCAUCGGGAGCAUCUCGGACAGCUGAAACCUCGGACGCUCAGGAUUCCCAGUAGAAAGUUGACCCACCUUGAGAUUCUUCAAUAUGGUUUCUUCUUCUUCAACAAUUUCAAGAGUCUUAUGGUCAAUAACAUCUUCAGUUUGGAGCUACGCCAUGAGAGCAAGGCAUUCUUUACAGCAACAAAACUAGAAGACGAAGAAGCUCUGAGAAUUAUAGAGGCCGAGCUAGAUUUUAUCUAUGAAGGACUGUACACAAAAGGUGCGGUUCUUCAUAGUUGGAUUGGAUUUGUGUUUCGUAUCAUAUCAUUGGGACUCCUUCUGUCAGCCUUCAUCAUCUACCAUUACAGUCACAAUAAGAUCCAAGAGUUCCACAAAGUCGACGUUGUAAUAACCUACACGUUGUUCUUGGUUGGAAUAGCUCUGGACGUUAUUUCGUUGCUUAUAUUAAUGGUUUCCGACUGGACAACAGCCAUCCUAUCAACGCUAAAGGAUGACCCCGACAGGAAAGAUUCACGGAAAGACAAAAUACUCAACUGGAUCCUUGGUCUUAAGAGGCCAAGGUGGGGGUGGCAAACAUGUAGUCAUCAACAUCAGCAAGAGGUGCUUAACACACCGUUUCUUCUUCGAAGAUGGACCGGAAGCAUCACAAUGUUCAACUUCAUAACAUACUCUAUGAACGCACCUACAGAAAGGAUCCACAAUCCCAGGGUUGGAACAUGCCAUCUUUCAUGGAAUACCAUGUUUUGCCCCAUCAGUUACGUUCUCUCCAUCAUCCAGACAUGGUCUCGUAACAUGGCCAUAUGGUUUCGUAAUCUUCACAGGUACGCCAUCCACCAUCUAAUCAUUCUGCCGCCAGCAGAAAAUCAGGUCACUCGUUAUAUUGUCUACAUCAUCAAGACUUUUGUUGAGUUUUGGUUUCGCGUACCUUACUUUUUCGUGUUUAUGGUCACCUGCAUUAUCGACUUCCUAAACAUCAAUGAUAUGUUCCAUGCGUUAAGACCGGUGAGAUCUGUAGACAGAGAACCCUUGCCAAAGAAACUAUGGUCUUUCCUAUUUACUGAGCUGCAAGACAAAUCGCAGAUUCUAGAAAGCCUGGAGAAUACCACAACAAAAUCCUCAGCCAGGAGAGACUGGGCGUCAAGCCAUGCCCAGGUUCAAAUAGCAGAUCAAGAAAUUCUGCUACGUUACAUAACAGAUGUUGAUUAUGACCACAGUCUUUUGAUUUGGCACAUUGCGACCGAACUCUGCUACCAAAGAGAAGAGUGGGACAAAGAGAGCUCUGAUAAACCCGAGUACCACAGUAACCGUAAGAUGAGCAAAAUACUCUCAGACUACAUGAUGUAUCUCUUGAUCAUGCAGCCUAAUCUGAUGUCAGAGGUAGCCGGCAUAGGAAAGAUUAGAUUCAGAGACACGCUGGCCGAAGCUGAAAGACUCUUCAAGAAAAAGGGUAUCGAAAACUCUAAAGAUGUGAAACUAGCCAGCGAUGUUAUUCUGUCAGUCGAUACCAGCAUCGAUCCGAGAGACGUCAAAGGAAACCAUAGCAAGUCGGUGCUGUUUGAGGCAAGCUCACUGGCUGAAGAACUUCAGAGAGUGGAGAAAGAAUUUGGACAAGAGAAAUGGAAGACACUAAGCAAAGUGUGGUUGGAGUUUCUGUUCCACGCAGCAUCGCAUUGUGAUGCUACAGCGCGUAUGGAGCUUCUAAGCAAAGGUGGAGAGUUCAUCAACUUCGUUUGGCUACUUAUGGCUCACUUGGGCCUCGGGGAUUGA